GCCCAGCCCGCCCCGGCCCGGCCGCCCCUCGGCUCCCCGCGGCGGCGGAAGGGGCGGAGGCGGCGGCGGCGCCGGCACCGCCCGCGGUGCCCCGGAAACAGCGCCCGGGCCCGGGAUGGCGGAGGCGGGGGAGGCGGCCGUGCUGGCCUGGAUGGACCAGGCGCUCGACGUGGCUAAGGAGGCGCUGGAGAAAGGCGAGGUUCCCGUGGGCUGCCUGCUGGUCUACGACGGCGAGGUCAUAGGCAGGGGCAGGAACGAGGUCAACGAGACGAAGAACGCUACUCGACAUGCAGAAAUGGUGGCAAUCGACCAGGUCCUUGAGUGGUGCAAGCAACACAAGAGGGAUUAUAGGGAAGUGUUUCCGCAGCUGGUGCUGUACGUAACCGUAGAGCCCUGUAUCAUGUGUGCAGCUGCUCUGCGCUUGAUGAAAAUUCCACGGGUCGUGUACGGCUGUCGAAAUGAGCGAUUUGGAGGCUGUGGCUCCGUUUUAAGCAUCUCAUCUGAGGAUAUGGUGGACUCAGGAGACCCAUUUGAAUGCUCUUCUGGCUAUCGUGCUGAAGAAGCAGUGGAAUUGUUAAAAGCUUUUUACAGACAAGAAAAUCCCAAUGCACCAAAAUCCAAAGUACGGAAAAAGGAUCGUCGUCAGUAGCCCUACACUGGUGGUACAUAGAAACUUACCAAAAAAUGAUGUGUGAAGGUUUCUUCAGCAUGCUGUUUUUUUAAAAUGUGCAGUUCCAUCAAACUAUGUUUUCUUUUCUCUACAGAGGUUUUACUAAUGGGAUACUUAGUACCUGUUCCUGCAUUUCUAUAUUUAUGAUUUCUUGUUAUCCUGACAAAACAAAAGAGUAAAUGGCUGUUUUUAGAAAGAGGAAAGUUGGUGGUUCAAGUCCACUUGUUUACAGACAGAUCCAUUAAAAUGGUGCUUUUGUACAGCACAUUCUAGAAUAUUUUUUUCCUUCUGUGUGUGGAGAAGCAUCUCACUUUUCAAUAGCAAAUGUUUGCUUAGGCAAGCAAGUAGUUCUCUUGGAAGGUUAUAUUUCUAAGUCAUGUGUGUGUAUAUUUAUUCAAAAGGCAUAUAAAGGAAUUGUACAGUCCUUGAAGACUUAGGACCAUUCCAAAUGUUUCCUCAUUUUGUUCUAUCUUAGCACAAGCCAGAUUUUCAGAGGUAAUUUCUGAAAGUCACAUACCUGUGUAGAUAGGGAUAUACACACAGUCACAUGUCCAUUUGUGUGUGCAGUUGCUUAAUAAGGAUAAGCAAAUAUCACUUGGCUGCACAGCACCUUCAUACAAAGUUGUGGAGAAACUCUCCACAACUCUCUUUAGACUGUGAAUUCAGUCUUCUUGUGAAUAUCAGUAUAAGAAAUACUUUAUUAUUAAGAAUCCACUAAGAGGUUGUUCUGAGCUCCUAAUUAAAAAUUAUAUACUAUAUAUAUAUAUAUAUAUAUAUAUAUAUAUGUAUAUGUAUAUAUAUAUGUAUAUGUAUAUUAGUAUAUAUAAAUAUAAUUAUAUACUAAAUUAUAGUAACCAAAAUGGGCAGAUACAAGUCAAAACCCAAAAAUGAAGUUGAUAAUAACAUGAAUAGAAUAUAUUUAAGAUACUUACCUUUCAUAGUGUUGGUUGGCUUUGUCAUUUCCAUGUACUUUGCUUGGCCAUGCAGUAAUUUAUAAUCCAGAAGAGGGCCUUCAAGUUCCACUAAUGAAUUAAGAAUACGAGUAUGGUUCAAUUUUGAUUGUAUACCACUUAGUGGAUACUUACAUUAAGGAUGAAAUUGUUGGUAGUUUAUUUGGCUGUUACUCAGAAAUUUGAGAAAUGCUGUAGGUCUUUUUAUUUUAUGCAGAAGAGUGUUCAAAUUUUUAUAACUAUAAAAACUGAAUACAGUAUAAUUUUUUAUAUAUUUCAAAUAAAUACUUUCAAAAGUGUUUUCAAGAAGAAUA